GGUCCGGUCAACAGGAAGUCGGGUGGCGAUGGCUCCGUGGCUGAAAGGCCUGUAGUUGGGGGCGGGGGUCCUUAAUCGGAUCCUGGUCUCCUUUCCCUCCAGGUAGGCUUGGGCCCUAACCGCGGCGGGUAAGCUCUGGGCGAGAAGACCUGGGCGGCGGCGGCGGCGACCCCCUGCUCGUCGCCAUGCACGACGCCUUCGAGCCGGUGCCCAUCCUAGAAAAGCUGCCUCUGCAGAUCGACUGUCUGGCCGCCUGGGAGGAAUGGCUCCUUGUUGGAACCAAGCAAGGGCACCUUCUUCUCUACAGAAUCCGGAAGGAUGUUGUGCCAGCAGAUGUAGCAUCACCUGAAAGUGGCAGCUGCAACAGAUUUGAAGUGACACUAGAGAAAUCCAAUAAGAACUUCUCCAAAAAAAUUCAGCAGAUCCACGUGGUUUCCCAGUUUAAGAUUCUGGUCAGCCUGUUAGAAAAUAACAUUUAUGUCCAUGACCUAUUGACAUUUCAACAAAUCACUACGGUUUCAAAGGCAAAGGGAGCUUCACUGCUCACCUGUGAGCUCCAGCACACAGACACCGGUGAAGAGGUAUUGCGGAUGUGUGUGGCAGUGAAAAAAAAGCUGCAACUCUAUUUCUGGAAGGACAGAGAGUUUCAUGAAUUGCAGGGGGAUUUCAGUGUACCAGAUGUGCCCAAGUCCAUGGCUUGGUGUGGAAAUUCUAUCUGUGUGGGCUUCAAAAGAGACUACUACUUGAUAAGGGUGGAUGGAAAGGGGUCCAUCAAAGAGCUCUUUCCAACAGGAAAACAGCUGGAGCCCUUAGUUGCACCUCUGGCAGACGGGAAAGUGGCCGUGGGGCAAGACGAUCUCACCGUGGUGCUCAAUGAGGAGGGGAUCUGCACGCAGAAAUGCGCCCUGAACUGGACAGACAUUCCAGUGGCCAUGGAACACCAGCCUCCCUACAUUAUCGCAGUGCUGCCUCGGUAUGUGGAGAUCCGAACAUUUGAGCCCAGGCUGCUGGUCCAGAGCAUUGAAUUGCAAAGGCCCCGUUUCAUUACCUCGGGAGGAUCAAACAUCAUCUAUGUGGCCAGCAAUCAUUUUGUUUGGAGACUCAUUCCAGUCCCCAUGGCAACGCAGAUCCAACAGCUUCUCCAGGACAAGCAGUUUGAAUUGGCCCUGCAGCUCGCAGAAAUGAAAGAUGAUUCCGACAGUGAAAAACAGCAGCAGAUUCACCACAUCAAGAACCUGUAUGCCUUCAACCUCUUUUGCCAGAAGCGUUUCGAUGAGUCCAUGCAAGUCUUUGCUAAACUUGGCACAGAUCCUACCCAUGUGAUGGGCCUAUACCCGGACCUGCUGCCCACAGACUACCGGAAGCAGCUGCAGUACCCUAACCCUCUGCCCGUGCUCUCCGGGGCUGAGCUAGAGAAGGCCCACUUAGCUCUGAUCGACUACCUGACCCAGAAACGAAGCCAGUUGGUAAAGAAGCUGAAUGACUCUGACCACCAGUCCAGCACCUCCCCGCUCAUGGAGGGCACACCCACCAUCAAAUCCAAGAAGAAGCUCUUGCAAAUCAUCGACACGACCCUGCUCAAGUGCUACCUCCAUACGAACGUGGCCCUGGUGGCCCCUUUGCUGCGCCUGGAGAACAACCAUUGCCAUAUCGAAGAGAGCGAGCACGUGCUGAAGAAGGCUCACAAGUACAGCGAACUGAUCAUCCUCUACGAGAAGAAGGGGCUGCACGAGAAAGCCCUGCAGGUGCUGGUAGACCAGUCCAAGAAAGCCAACUCCCCUCUGAAAGGCCACGAGAGGACAGUGCAGUACCUGCAGCAUCUGGGUACGGAGAACCUGCACCUGAUCUUUUCCUACUCCGUGUGGGUGCUGAGAGACUUCCCAGAGGAUGGCCUGAAGAUAUUUACUGAAGACCUUCCUGAGGUGGAGUCCCUGCCACGAGACCGAGUGCUCGGCUUCUUAGUAGAGAAUUUUAAAGGCUUGGCUAUUCCCUAUCUGGAACACGUCAUCCACGUUUGGGAGGAGACAGGCUCUCGGUUCCACAACUGCCUGAUCCAGCUGUACUGUGAGAAGGUGCAAGGCCUUAUGAAGGAGUAUCUCCUGUCCUUCCCUGCAGGCAAAACCCCAGUCGCUGCUGGAGAGGAAGAGGGGGAGCUGGGAGAAUACCGACGGAAGCUCCUGAUGUUCUUGGAAAUUUCUAGCUAUUAUGAUCCAGGCCGGCUCAUCUGUGACUUUCCUUUUGAUGGCCUCCUGGAAGAGCGUGCUCUCCUGCUGGGACGCAUGGGGAAACACGAACAAGCGCUCUUCAUCUACGUCCACAUCUUGAAGAACACACGGAUGGCCGAGGAGUACUGCCACAAGCACUAUGACCAAAGCAGAGACGGCAACAAAGACGUGUAUCUGUCUCUGCUCCGAAUGUACCUGUCGCCGCCCAGUGUUCACUGCCUGGGGCCAAUGAAGCUGGAACUGCUGGAGCCACAGCCCAACCUCCAGGCAGCCCUGCAGGUCCUUGAGCUGCACCACAGCAAGCUGGACACCACCAAGGCCCUCAACCUCCUGCCAGCCAACACUCAGAUUAAUGACAUCCGCAUCUUUCUGGAAAAGGUCUUAGAAGAAAACGCACAAAAGAAACGGUACAAUCAAGUACUCAAGAACCUUCUCCAUGCAGAGUUUCUGCGGGUCCAGGAGGAGCGGAUUUUCCACCAGCAGGUCAAAUGCAUCAUCACGGAGGAGAAGGUGUGCACGGUGUGUAAGAAGAAGAUCGGGAACAGUGCAUUUGCAAGAUACCCCAAUGGAGUGGUGGUGCACUACUUCUGUUCCAAAGAGGUGAACCCAGCUGACACCUGAGCCCGGCAUGCCGCGUGGUCAGCAGAUGGACAGCUCAGGUCCCCCCGGGCAGGGGGAGGAGCCCCAGCCUUUGGAAUUGAGGGGCUGCUGCCACCACCAGGUGUCUCCCCAUUUGGAUACAACCAGCUGCCUGGUACUCGGGAGCACCUCUGACUUUACCAGAUGCACGGGUCUGUGGUUGCCAGCUUCUUCUUAGAGAGAGAGUAGUUGCACUUGUGAAGCCAUCGUGCUGCAGGCAGUCCAAGGCUGCAGUCGCUGCUCGGCUGGGCAGGUGGGGCAGGCCACCACCUUGCCUCUGUGCACCAGCCACUGAGGAAGGAAGGCCUUGAGUGUGCAUGAGCUCACCGUGCUGGAUUCUGGGUUUUCUAUCAGGACACGCACAGGACUCCCUUGGGUCCUUGCUUAGCACAGCUGGCUCGGGGCCUGCAGAAGGGGUCCCACGGAGUUCCUUCAGCUGUGAGGCUCCACAGUCACUGGGCCCUGUAUCUCCAUGCCUUUUUUUUUUUUCUCACUAUUUAUUUUCUCCCUUCCUCCUCUCAGUUCUCUCUAGGCUUUCUUUGUUAUUUUCCUGACAUCAAGAACAACUAAUAUUUAAAGAAGGUAAAAUGAGCGGCAAGACAUCCUGGUUUCCUGGGAUACAUGGAUAAUCACCUCGUGUGUUGUAAAUAAGUCCUCCUUGAAUUGUAUGUUCUAUGCCUGGAAGCUUCUGUGCCUGGAAGCGCUCAGGGCCGAAUGGAGAAGACACACACACACACACACACACACACACACACACACCCAGCACCCAGGGCUCAGGGCCGAGUGGGGAAGACACACACACACACACACCCAGCACCCAGGGCUCAGGGCCAAGUGGGGAAGACACACACACACACACACACACCCAGCAUCCAGGGCAGCCAGCGUGUCUGUGAACUGCUUCGGGUUCUGGGUGCCAGUGUCAGCCACUAAAACCCGAGAGCUUGGCCUGGCUGUGGUCCCUGAGCGCAGGGGCCGAGGACUGGGGGCCUCUGCUGACAUGGAGCCACCAUCUCGGAAGCUGAGCAUGACAUGGCCAGGCACGUUCACGAGGUGAGAGUGAGAGCGAGGUAGGAGAGAUAGAUAGCUCACAGCCAAACCUACUGAGAGAGAGGAGAGAGAGAGAGAGUGUGUGUGUGUGUGUGUGUGUGUGUGUCUGUGUGUAAGAGGCCCCAGCUCCCACGGCCACAAGAGAUGUGCAGGGUGGGUGUCCAGCAUGCAGGCUGAGGACACAGGAUGGCUGUGCACCCUGAUCUCGGGGCAGAAGGGUGGAGAGGUCUUACCUCGAAGCUCUGCCUGGUGUCUACCAGUGCAUCUGGGUAAUGCUGCUGACAUUAACGCUGUUCCCCGCCCUCCUGGGCAGCUCUCCAUGGAUGGCCGAGAGGGUCAGCUGAGCGCCAUCAGCACCUCUCAAGUUUGGGAGCCUGGCCCAUGCUGCCCCAAGGAGCAGCAGUCAGUCCUCUGAUGUCCCUACCCCUCGGGUCGAGUCCUACCAGCUGGCCUGCGCUGGCCAUAGCACCCAUCCCCACCACCUUGAGGCACUUGUUUGAAGCAGCAGAAUAAUGGAUGUGUGUUCUCUCCCCUGCUGGAGCUCUUCCUGCAAGACCUUCUUAGACCCCUUUGCUCUCACAGAGUCAGAGGAGGCUGGAAAGGAACAGCUCUGUAAUGAGGACUGGCAGAGCUGGCUUAUAAUAAACAC